AUGACUCAACAUCCAGUGCUCAAGACUCCGUAUGCGGCCCGCGCAGAGGCGGCCAGCCACCCCCUGACGGCGUACCUCUUACGGUUAAUGGAGCUCAAGAAGUCUAAUCUCUGCCUCAGCGCCGAUGUCAACACGGCGCGGGAAUUGUUGACUCUUGCCGACAAGGUUGGCCCGUCCAUCGUUGUCCUCAAAACCCACUACGAUGUCGUGGGUGGUUGGGACUUCAACCCGCAAACCGGAACUGGAGCUAAGCUCGCGUCGCUUGCGCGGAAACAUGGCCUCGGUGGCGGCUCUCGCCGAGGCAGCUUGAAAUGGCGCGGGCGCUAUGGAUACGAGGUCAAGACAUCGGUAACCAUUGGCACUCCGCGCUCGGAGAGCUUCGACGAAGAGGAAGAAGAGGCACUACGAGCCGGCCGGCUCCCGCGUCUUUCCAAGAAUAUUGCCGAGGGAGACGAAUCGGAAGCUUGCAAAGGAAUCGAAGAGGCGCCCAUCGAGCGUGGGCUGCUGAUCCUGGCACAGAUGUCAACAGUCGAUACCCUCAUCUCACCCGAGUACACCAAGGCUUGCGUCGAAGCUGCUAGGGAACAUAAGGACUUUGUCAUGGGGUUCAUCAGCCAGGAGAACCUCAACCGUGAGGCCGAGGAUCAGUUCAUUUGUAUGACCCCCGGCUGCCAACUGCCUCCCGAGGGUCAGGAAGGAAACGGCGUGGCCGGAGACGGAAAGGGCCAGCAAUAUAACACGCCGGACAAGUUGAUCGUGGGAAGCGGCGUUGAUAUUGUCAUCGUCGGCCGAGGCAUCCUCAAGGCGGACGACCCUCCGGCCGAGGCGGAGAGGUAUAGGAGAACGGCCUGGCAGGCCUAUGAGUCGAGGGUGGGUUAA